UAUUCGGUCAUUUGUUUUGUAGUACCAGUUGAAACAUUAGUUGUGUUGUGAUCGCGUGUUAUACACAACGUUAAAAUGUGGCUUGCGCUCGGGGCACUUUUGGCGUGCGCCAUUGCGACGUUUUAUAUUUUUGUUAAACAAUGUCAGAGUUAUUGGGAAAAGCGUGGGGUUCCCUUUGAUAAACCAAUGUUUUUCUUUGGUAGUAUGUUGAAUACUACACUUGGAAGGGAGACAUUGUUUCAGACAAUUACAAAAAUUUAUAAUAAAUUUCCUGAUUGCAAAUACGUUGGGUUUUAUAAAUUCCUAGCUAAUGCUGUUAUUAUCCAAGAUCCAGACUUGUUAAACGAGAUGCUAGUCAAAGAUUUCCAACAUUUUUCGGAUAAUGAAAUCGUAGUUGAUGAAAAAGUCGAUUAUAUUAUGUCGAAAAAUCUUUUUGUGCUCAAAGGACACAAGUGGAAGUCGACGAGGUCAUUAUUAAGUCCAAUGUUUAGCAGUGGGAAGCUAAAAUACGUUUUUCCACUUUCAAAAGAAGUCUCCGAACGUAUGACAAAUUAUUUAAAAAGAGAAAUAGAAUCCAAUCGUGGAAAAUGCAUAGACGGAAACACAUUAUGUCAAAGAUUCACCAUUGAUAAUGUAGCAUCAUGCGCCUUCGGUCUAGACGCAAAAGCAUUCGAAGGAGAAACAAAAUUCACGAUGAUUGUAAAAGGCUUCAAUGACGCAUCAUAUAUAAACGCAAUUAAAUUUCUACUAAUCUUCAUGUUUCCAAAGUUAAACAACUACUUAAAGAUUAAAUUUUUCAAAGAUGAAGUUGAAACAUAUUUAACCGGUGUAGUCGGUGAGACUUUAAGAUAUCGCAAAGAAAACAACAUAAAACGCAAUGAUUUCCUCGAUCAAAUCGCUUCGUUAAAGGAAAAAUCGAUGGAAUUCCCAUUCACUGAUCGUGAUAUAGUCGCACAGGGUGCUGGAUUCUUCAUUGACGGCGUUGGUACGAGUUCAGGUUUCGCGAGUUAUGUUCUAACGGAAAUCGGGCUUCAUCCGGAAGUGCAGAAGAAAGUACGUGAUGAGAUUAAAAAAGUCAAAGCUGCACACGGUGGAGAAUUAACAUACGAAGGACUUAGUGAAAUGACAUAUUUAGAAUGCGUAAUAAACGAAACUUUACGAAUGGAUAAUCCAGUGGGAGGCAUGUUGAAAGUCUGUACAAAAACAUACACGCUUCCAGAAGUCAGCGAAACAAAUAAAACUCGUCUGGUGUUAAAUCCCGGCGAUGCAGUCAUGGCCCCAGUUGACGGAUUCAACUUCAAUCCGAAUUAUUUCCCUGACCCACAUAAAUUCAAACCCGAACGAUUUUUGGACAAAAAUAAAGAUGAUUUGAUAAAAAAUACUUUUAUUCCGUUUGGUAUGGGUCCAAGACAUUGCAUCGGCAUGCGUUUUGCUUUGCUACAAAUUAAAAUGAUUGUCGUGUCUACAAUCGAAUGUUAUCAACUGGAUAUUAAUGAGAAGAUGCUGCCACUUGAAGUUCAUCCAACUGCGUUUCUGAAAGCACCUUUGAAAGGCUUCUGGUUUGAUUUUAGUAAACUACCAGAAUAAAAAAUAAAUUAAAAACUAAUUUUUUGCUUUAUAUCUGUUAAUUUUGUUGUUAUGUAAGUUCUAUUAAUAAAUAUAUCAGACAUGCGCAA